AUGGUUAGUUUGACGGUGGAUGAUGAGGAGAAGGGGGAAAGUAGUUCUGCUGAGUCUAAGAGCGAAACCUCUAGCUCUUCUUCCAGCUCUAGUGCUAGUAGCAGCAGUGAAGAAGAAGAAGAAGAAGAAGAUGAGAGUGACGAGGAAGAAAGUAAUAAGGAAACGAAGUUUGAGGAUCAUGUGGUCAUGGGGAAAGAGAAUGAUAUGGAAGGAGGACUUGAAGAAGGCGAGAUACAGAGUGUAGAUGAGGAACAUGAGGUUGAAGAUGAUGAUGAUGAUGACGAUGAAGUGGAUGAGAUGGUUGCUUGGAGCUAUGAUGAGGAUGAGGACCUUGGUUGUCAAACGAAAGAGCCUAUAAGGACAAAGAAUGAGCUCAAGCGUUUAUAUUUCCAAUUAAUUUAA